AUGGUUCCAGCAACUCUGCCCUUGGCAGAUCCUUCGCCCAUCGAGAAGCUGCCCACCGAAUUACUGGAGUGCAUACUGUUGGAAGGUGCGAAGCAUGCUGUUCCGCCAGUCACCGAAGACGAACUCUGGGGAUCUUUUGUCUAUCGAUGCGAUCAGGAAGAGGAGCAUCCGUGUUCACUCGCAUUCCGCCUCACGAGCCGUCGCUUCCGUAAUUGUUCAUGGAAGGCUUUCGGUGCUUACCUGUGCGAAACAAUAUUCGAUCUGAGAUCGCGUCAAAGUAUAUCCAACCUCACCGCUGCGUCUACGUGCGAGCAUCUGGCUCCUUGGGUUACAAAACUCAUCAUAGCUUGCGAUGAAGCGCCCGCGGAUUACCCACUUGAUUGGGAUUGGGAGGAAAAUCCAACGCAAUUGGAGGAGGCAGAGUGGGUUCGGCUACGCCAUGACUCAUCCUCGGACCUGGCCCAGAUUAAACAGGCUGAAAGCUGUUGGUAUCCUGGUAUUUGGAAGUGCAGGGACGACGAAUCCCCAAUGACGGGUAGUGACUUUGCUCUGAGUGUCAGCCAGGAGGCCGAUACGAGGGCCCUUCAAGAGGUCUUAGCCAAGGCUCUGUACUGCUUCAACAACAUGGACCAUAUCGGUUUCUACCACGAGCCUCAUACCCAACCCGGACGCUAUCAUAACCUGUUCCGAAAGUUUCCAAAGAUCUCACGCUACCGCGAAGAAGAGGAUAUGGGGGAUGCUGGUGAUGCGGCUCAUCUUGGCCUUCAGAUGCUCAUUCAUGCCAUGGUAGCAUCGAAUAUCACAGUCCGCACGAUGACCCUGGCCGUAGAUCUCGAUGAACAUCACGCGUUCCUCACCAAAGUCCCCUAUGCCAUCUUCGCGAGAGCCAGUCAAAAGGUCGAAACACUCGUUCUGAAGGACAUGUACUCCCCCUUCUUCCAAACACCAUCAUAUGAGGAGAAGGCCAGACUGUCAAUUACGAGAAGCCUCUUUCCGCGCCUUCGCUCGUUGGUUAUCGAUCAUGGCCAUUAUGAAGAAUUCACCAAUACUCGGUCGAUCGUCCCGCUUCCUUCAGCUUCUGACACACCUGUUCUCGAAAAACUUACUGUGAGGAGAACUCCAAUGAAUGCGAAAAAUUUGCACUCAUUUCUACAAUGUUACGGGCAGCACGCGCGGUGCAUAUCGUUCGAGAACCCACCAGAUCAGAAAUAUCGCUCUGCGUUGGAGUCCGUGCGCAAUCUGAACGUGGAGACACUUGAGAUUGAGCACUUUUAUGGGGCAGAGUCUCUAUGGAAGGACUACAAGUCAAAACUUCUAGGCAACAUGUCACUGGAUGAGUUUCCAGAAAACCUUGCGAAAAGGUCCCGAGACUUCCCUCUCCGAGUUCGUUACCCAGAAGAUGCGAGCCAUCACCCACAGAAAAGCGACCACCACGAUCAACAGAAAAACCAUGACAUUAUCGGCUGCUUUGUUGCCCAAGAAGCCGUAGGAGUAUACGCCGUAGCCGAAUGUUACGUCGACGUAGACCGACACGAUGAGUGCAAGGCAUACAAGAAGAGCUGCGUAUGGAAGUCCGAAUCGCCUUUGGAGUUUGAAGAUUGGGGAGUGGCGAACAAGGUCGACUCCGUGGGUGUGUACGAGAUGCUCGAGGCGGUCGGCGGGUCCGUGAGUCUCGUGUGCGCUGGUACUGUCUGA